GCCUGUGUUAUACCUAUACGUGAGCUUCAGUGUCGAGUGAGCCGUAGUAGCCUAGCUAGCUGACUCCCGCGAUGAGCUGGUGGUGGGCAGGCGCGGUGGGCGCCGUCAAGAAGAGCCAGGACGAGCGCGCGGCAUCGUCCUUCCAGAGCGUCGCCCUCGUCGUCGGAUCCACCGGCAUCAUCGGCACCUCGCUCGUCGACAUACUCCCGCGCCAUGACACCCCCGGCGGCCCCUGGAAGGUGUACGCCGUCUCUCGUCGCCCGCUCCCUCCGUGGUCCCCGCCGCCCUCACCUGCCGUCACGCACCUGCACCUCGACCUGGCCGACCCUGUCGCCGUAGUGGAGGCCCUCACGCCGCUCACCGACAUCACCCACGUCUUCUACGCCGCGUGGUCGAGCCACCCGACGGAGGCUCAGAACCGGGAGGCCAACUCCGCCAUGCUCCGCAACGUGCUCUCCGUCGUCGUCCCUGGCUGCCCCGCGCUCGCCCACGUCUGCCUCCAGACCGGCCGCAAGCACUACAUCGGCCCGUACGAGGCUAUCGGCAAGAUCCCCGUCCCAGACCCGCCGUACACCGAGGAUAUGCCCCGCCUGGAUUACCCCAACUUCUACUACGACCAGGAGGACGUCUUCUUUGAGGAGGUCUCCCACCGCGACGGCGCCGUCAGCUGGUCUGUGCACCGUCCCUCCGUGGUCUUUGGGUUCUCUCCCCGGAGCGCCAUGAACGUCGUGGCCAGCCUGUGCGUCUAUGCUGCCAUCUGCCGCAAGGAGGGCGCCACGCUGAGGUGGCCUGGGACCAGGGUUGCCUGGGAGGGCUUCAGCGACGCCUCCGACGCGGAUCUCGUCGCCGAGCAGGAGAUCUGGGCAGCCGUCGAUCCGUUGGCAAAGAACGAGCCUUUCAAUUGCAGCAAUGGAGAUUUAUACAAGUGGAAGCAGCUCUGGCCGAUGGUGGCUGACCGAUUCGGGGUGGAGUGGACGGGGUACGAGGGAGAGGACAGCCGGUUCAUGCUCGCCGACGCCAUGGCCGGGAAGGAGGCGGUGUGGGCAGAGAUCCUCCAAGAGAACGAGCUUGUCACGACAGAGCUCCAAGAGAUCGCCAAUUGGUGGUUCCUUGAUGCCGUGUUCAAUGUCAAGAGUGAGCAUCUGGAUAGCAUGAACAAGAGCAAGGAGCAUGGAUUCCUCGGAUUCCGUAACACGGCUAAGUCCUUCAACGCAUGGAUUGAUAAGAUGAAGGCUUUGAAGAUUGUUCCGUGAUGUCUUUAUUGUCCAUAUCUACUCCCUCCUUUCGGAAUUACUUGUCACAAAAAUGGAUAAAAAUGGAUGUAUCUACAACUAAAAUACAUCUAGAUACAUUCAUUUCUUGGACAAGUAAUUCCGAACGGAGGGAGUAUUACUGUAUUUACAGCAUGCAUGCUGCCGCAUCCCAUUUUCAUUCUUUGAAGUUAGUUUCAUUACAUCAUUUCUGCGUUUGGGUUUGGGAAGAUGGUAUAAUGUAAAAUGUUAUAAUCUAGAAUAAAGUAUGACGACCAAAUAAA